UUAGUUUUUAAAUUCCCGCGUGCGAACGACAUCCAUAAAUUUUAUAAGAUUUCUCUAUUUCUAUUGGUCAAUAUUUGACGCCAUACAUAUAAUAGAUCAUCAACUACUGCGAGUAGCGUAAACAAAUAAUUCGCCGCCAUCUCUAUUUUCCGCCAUUUUCGGUAAUAUAUUUAAGUGGUUUUACAUUGAAUUCAUAAUAUAACAAAAUAAACAAACAGUACAUAAUUGGGUGCAAGAAAAGUAACCGGCCAAAUGCAGUAGGUGCGUCCUCAAAAAACGAUCAAUAAAUAGCAGAAAAUAAUACAAAAUGUCACGCUACAGCGGUGAAACGAAGGUUUAUGUGGGCGAUUUGGGUAAUAAUGCAUCAAAGCAGGAGCUAGAGGAUGCUUUUGGAUAUUACGGUCCUCUACGUAAUGUUUGGGUAGCAAGAAACCCUCCAGGCUUUGCAUUUGUUGAAUUUGAAGAUCCUCGUGAUGCAGAAGAUGCCGUGCGUGGUUUAGAUGGUAGAACGAUAUGUGGUAGAAGAGCAAGGGUUGAAUUGUCGAAUGGAAAGGGAGGUAGUGGAAGAUAUAGGGGGCCACCUCGGUCUCGCGGAAGACCAUUUCAUCCUGACGAUCGAUGCUAUGAAUGUGGAGACAGAGGCCAUUAUGCCCGUGACUGCCAUAAAUACAGAAGGAGACGCAGGUCUCGUACUAGGUCGCGCAGUCGUUCACGCGACAGACGCACCAGGUCAAGAAGUGCCUCAAGAUCGGCCAGCAGGUCUCGUUCUAAAUCGCGAUCCAGGUCGGCCAGAAGAAGUCGCAGUCGCACAGACGACCGGUCCAAGUCCAGAUCACGUAGCCGAAGUCGCUCUGCUCCCAAAGAGAAUGGUAACAGCGAUCAUAACUAAGUUAACGGCUUCAUAAAAAAAUCUUUACCUUAAAGUCCUAGUUGUGAAAGAAGUUAAUUAAAAUUAUUGAAUAAUUACGGUAAAAUAUGAUUAUAAUGUUUUAGCUUGCAAAUUUCCUAUGCGGCUAUUUAAUUAUCUUAUUUAGAUUUAGAGUUCUUUUUGUAUUUUUGUCAGUACCAUUGUGUAAGUUAAAUAGAUGGUAAAGUAAU